AUGACUCUCGUGCAAUUUUACGUGACGAUGGAGUUGGCCCGUGAUUUGGUCUUCACGCUAGGAAACUUGGGUCAAGUCCAUUUCAGAGACCUCAAUGCCAAGCUAACAGCUUUUCAGCGUACAUUUAUCACCGAGCUAAGGAAUAUAGAUGUGGUGGAAUUGAACUUGACAUUUUUGUUCAGCAUGAUGGCCAAGUACUCAACGUUCAAAGGUGAUCCGUUCGCCAAUCUUGUGGCUGACGAAAAUCCCUUGCCUACAGCAUCCGAAAUGGAGGAGAUCAAGGAGCGCGUGGCUGCUUUUCAUGACAAGAUCAAGCACCUCGACGACUCACACUCGGCUUUGGAGCUUAAGAAAUACAAAUACUUGGAGAAUCGCCAUGUUAUAAAUUCCGUCCACAACUUCCACAAAUCCUCAUUGGUGCCAUCGAAUCAGGAUGCCGAUGAUGAAUUCCGUCAGUUCGAGAUCGAGGACGACGACGAAGAGGCAUUGCUCAAUGAAGGAAGAAACUCUGAUUCCUUUGAGAUAGACCGCAAUUCCAUUCACGAAACUAGUACGAACUUAGAUGGCAACAGUUUAUUCAAUUCAAUUUGUGGUGUUGUUGCAAGAGAUAAGAUCCCAAUAUUGAGAAAGAUCUUAUGGAGAACGUUAAGAGGUAACUUGUACUUCAACGACAUUCCAAUCGACGAAUUGCUUCCAGAAUCACUAGAAAGACAAUCCGAGCUCGUACACAAGAGUGUCUUUAUAAUCUACAUCCACGGUGAAUACUUGAGAGAGCGUGUGCGCAGAAUCAUCAACUCUUUAGAUGGUCACAUUUAUGACAACACCGGAGGUGGUGCCGGCGGAAGACUUGCAACAUUGAAUGAACUUAAUGGCAAGAUUGAAGAUUUGAAUAAUGUUGUCGAGUCUACAAGAAGUCACUUGAUCACAGAGCUUCUUGUCUUUCAAGAGAAAUACCCAGACUGGUACUAUGUCGUAAAAAGAGAGCGUUCAAUCUUUGAGGAACUUAAUAAAUUCGAUGAAGAUAGCACCAGGCGGUGUUUAGUGGGUGAGGGCUGGAUUCCUCGCUCUGAAGUGGAGAAUAUUCGUCGAGCACUAAAAAACUUAGUGCGUGCUAAGACAGCCUCCGCCAACAAUCCUUUAGUGCUGAACUCAGAAAUCUCGCUCUCCAACGAUACUUUAAAUAAUCAGGGAGCUAGCGCACCUCCAUUGUUUGCUGUUGGUAAUGAAGACCAACAUGGUAAUGAGGAAGAUAGUGAUGAUGACAAUGACAACGAUGACCAGGACUUCAACUUUGUUGCAGUACUCAAUGAACUUGCAACAACAAGAACACCACCAACAUACCAUAAGACGAACAAGUUCACACUGGGAUUCCAGUCAAUUGUCGAUACGUACGGAAUAUCCUCGUAUCAAGAGGUGAACCCAGGUUUGGCCACAAUUGUCACUUUCCCUUUCAUGUUUGCUAUUAUGUUUGGUGAUCUAGGUCAUGGUUUCAUCGUCCUUUUGAUUUCCUUGUAUUUCGUGAAGAACGAAAGGCAUUUCGACUCUAUGAGAAAGAUGGACGAGAUCUUGGGAAUGGCUUAUAGCGGCAGAUACAUCAUGCUUCUUAUGGGUUUCUUCUCCAUAUUCACAGGGUUGUUGUACAAUGACAUAUUCUCAAAGUCGAUGACUAUCUUCAACUCGACUUGGAAGUGGGAGUUCCCCGAGGAUUUCGAGCCAUCAUUGAACAGCAGUGUACCAUUGGUUGCCACCAGAAAGGGUUCGAGUGUCUAUCCGAUCGGUCUUGAUUGGGCAUGGCACGGCGCUGAGAAUGGCUUGCUUUUCACCAACUCUUACAAGAUGAAGAUGUCGGUUCUCAUGGGUUAUAUCCACAUGACGUACUCUUACUUUUUCAGCUUGGUCAACUACCGUUUUUUUAAUUCACGUGUUGACAUUAUCGGCAACUUUAUUCCCGGCCUUAUCUUCAUGCAAAGUAUCUUCGGUUACUUAUCGUUGACGAUUGUUUACAAGUGGUGUGUUGAUUGGUUUGGCACAAAUCGUCAGCCUCCAGGGUUGUUGAACAUGCUCAUCAACAUGUUCCUCGCUCCUGGAAGUAUUGAGGAUCCUUUGUACAAGGGCCAAGCUGUGGUUCAGGUGAUAUUGGUUCUUCUUGCGUUGUGUUGUGUCCCAUGGUUGUUAGUCUACAAACCAAUGAUUCUCAGAAGAGAGAACCUCAAGGCUAAAGAUGCUGGUUACAGCGAUAUUCAUUCCCAGAGACAUCAUGCUCUACAACUUCAAGAGGAGGAGGAAGCUUUGGUUCCUAAUGGCGAAGUCAAUUCCGAAACUGUCGGCUUGCAUCCAGACGACGAGGUCGAUUUGUUAAACGAAGCAUUCCAUUUCCCUAACGAUAUUGAACCUAUGGUCGGAAAUUCGGGCCAUGGUGGGGAGGGCGAAGAGUUCAACUUCAUGGAUAUUGUCAUUCAUCAAGUGAUCCACACUAUUGAAUUCUGUCUUAAUUGCGUUUCUCACACAGCGUCCUACUUGAGAUUGUGGGCUUUGUCAUUGGCUCACGCUCAGUUAUCUAGUGUUUUGUGGACAAUGACCAUUCAAAACGCUUUUGGUGCAACGGGAACUGCUGGUAUCAUCAUGACGUUCUUUUUGUUCGCUAUGUGGUUUACAUUGACGUUAUGUAUUUUAGUCAUGAUGGAAGGCACUUCUGCAAUGUUGCAUUCUUUGCGUUUGCACUGGGUUGAGGCGAUGUCGAAAUUUUUCGAGGGCGAAGGCUACUUGUUUGAACCUUAUUCGUUUAAAAAUAUAGAGCUUUGA